GAUUGUCUUGUAUACUUAUAUUUAACAUGGUUAAGUUACUAACAAAGGGUAUUUUAACAUUGCUAUAUUUGACAUCAGUCGCUGAAAGCAGAGAAUUUCGGUUCGACUACACCUACAAUAAUGAUACUGAGGGCUGGUGGAAGCUGCACAGAAUUCCGGGGACAUGGAACGAGGCACGUUUGAGAUGCCAUGCUGAAGGUGCUGUCUUGGCCUCACCGCUUAAUGGCCACAUGUUACGAGUCAUGAAAACGAUUAUGACUACCAACAGUUUACAGCGUGGCAUCUUCAGUGGUAUCCACGCGACUCUCUCUAAAGCCGUAUACACUUCUGUUGAAGGAGUGCCGCUCGCGAGGAUCCCCGUGAGUUGGGCACCCGGCGAGCCUGAUAACUACGAAAACAACGAGAGCUGUUUACUACUAUCCCCAAAUGGAACUAUGGCUGAUGUCAAUUGCACCAAAGUAUUUCCUUACAUAUGUUACAAGAAAGAUACCCAGUCUGUUGUACAGCCAGAAUGUGGAACAAUUGAUACAGAAUACUUCCUGGAGUCCAGGACGGGCAGUUGCUACAAAUUCCACUACAUAGGCCAGACGUGGCACCAAGCGUACAUGACGUGUGCUGCUGAAGGUGGACACCUGGCCAUCAUCAACGGCUUUACUGAAGCACAAGCAAUCAAAGAGCUAUUUGCUAAGUAUCCUGCAAACACUAUAAUGGCCUUCGGGACUUAUUCCGUUUUCCUCGGAUUUUCGGAUUGGAACAAAGACAAUACAUGGGUUACUGUUCAUGGUGAGACAUUAGGGUACAAUAUUUGGUCAUUUAAUCAGCCAGAUAAAUCCCAACAAUAUGAUUUGGUCAUGGGACAAUGGUGCGGCGGCAUGUUUCGAUGGGGUCUCUUAGACGAUAUGUGGUGUGACGUCAUCACUUUCCCAUUCAUUUGCGAGAAAAGCCCAGACAGUUUGCUUCCCAAAGCAUAA